AUGUCUUCGGAUGAUGAUCUGUUCCGCAGUUAUUCUCCUAAGAAGACUGAUGUAUUUAACAGUACAGGUGAUUUGUUUUCUGAGUCUUACAUUGAACCAAUCCGAGUAAAAGGAAAACGGAAAGAGAAACAACAAGAUAUAGUCCCUGGUGUUAGUGGAUUUAUUCCAGACUUUUCAUCUUAUGAAAGGCAUAAUUUAAUUGUUGAAUCGGAUGUUAGUCAUCCUACUGUUAGUCUUACAGAUCAAAUGCCAAAACAUAAUCAAGAAAAUAUUACUCAAUCUGAUCACAUUCCAGAUUCUGUUGUUGUUGAGCCUAAGGAUCACAUGAUAGGUGGAUGUCCACCUGUUGCAUUCUGUAGUACCCCUGGUCCCAUGAACGGUUUUGCAUCAAGUUCGCUUAAAGUUGAUGGUACAGUAGCACCAAAAACAGUAUCAGGUGAUCUAUUAAACGCCCUCCAAGUGACACCGAUUCAUCCGGUUUUUACGAAUGAGAAUAAAUCGCCAGCCUGUGAAAUGGAGAAGACUUUAUCACACUUGGAUUAUCAUCUGAAGGACACACCAUUACAACACAAUAGUAAUAAUAAUGAUAACCAUAAUAAUGCAACACAUUACUCACUUUCAUUACCUAACCGUGAAGUGGUUGUUCGACUCACUGCACUCGAUUUCUCCAAUCUCCCUCCUCAGCUGUCACAGCAUAGUCCUUCAGAUGAACACAGACAAAACUGUCAACAACAAGAAUGUCAAUUUCAAUCCCCAGGAUUGAGUAGAUCUAUUGGGGCUGGGAAAAAGUCGAGUACAUACACAAAACGAUUAACUCGACACUUUCGUCAUGAAAAUAUGAUAUUAAAUCGUUCAUACAUGGAAUUAUUUGGAGCCGGGGAUGCCAAAGGAGCCUUGCUAAAGAUUUGUGGACAAACUGAUUACAAAACAUUUACUCAGCUUUUUGUUCCUGCUCGACGGAAAAGUUUGAAAAAAAUCGGUGAAGGAUGUUUUGGUGAAGUAUUUCGAUGUCCGGCUGAAGAUUGUCGAUCAAAGCAUGUUGUCAUGAAGUUUAUCCCAAUAGAAGGAGAUGUCAAAUUUAAUGGUGAACCACAGAAGAGUUUUGAUGAAGUUCUUUCUGAAGUAAUUGUAUCUAAAGAAUUAACAGCCCUUGGUAUGGGUUUCUCAAAUUGUACUUCUGGUUUUGUAGAGUUGAUAAGAGUUCACCUUCUCCGAGGGGCAUUCCCUUUAUAUUUGAGGAAAUCGUGGGAGGAGUACGAUAGAGUGAAAGGUUCUGAAAAUGAUCAUCCAAAAAUCUUUCCCAAAGACCAGUUAUGGGUGGUUUUAGAGUCGGCAUUUUGUGGUGUACCGCUUGAGAAUAAUAUUCCUCCUUGUCCUUGUGCGAGAGUUUCUCUUCUCCUGCAGGUUGGGUUCUCCCUAGCAGUAGCAGAAGAAGAAUUAAAGUUCGAGCAUAGGGACUUGCAUUGGGGGAAUAUCUUGAUCAGUGAAGGUUAUGUGCCGCCUGCAAAUAAGUCAGCGAUGCCUUGUUUAUCGUCAACGUCAUUAUCUUCUUCUUCAUCCUCGUCCUUUUCCCGCUCCCUCUCCUCACUGUCGUCUACCUCUUUAAAAGAUUGUUGUUGUAAGUAUUGUUCUCAUUUGGAGAAUAUAGAUGAAGCGGAUGACGAAUCCGAUAAAGAAAAUAAAAAAGACGUCGACGACAGAGAGUUAGACCAUAAUAAUAGAAGAUAUGUGCAGUUUCGUCUGAAUAAUCAAGUGAUCAAUGUUCCAAGAUGCGGUUCCACAGCAUACCUCAUAGACUUUACUAUGUCUCGUUUAGAACAAGAUGGUGGUUUAGUCUAUGUUGAUUUAAGUAGUGACCCUACUUUGUUUCAAUCCCGAGGUGAUUAUCAAUUCGAUAUAUAUCGUCAUAUGAAAUCACAUAAUCGAAAUAAUUGGAAGAAAUUUUCACCGAAAACCAAUGUUAUGUGGUUCCACUACUUGACAACAAAACUAUGCUGUGAUCCGCCCGAACUACUAGCCUCAUCAUCUGCUGCAUCCACCUGCAUCAAACUUCAUGCCAUUUGUUGUAAACAGCUAAAAGACUUAGAGUUGAGCACGCGGAAAUUCAAAUACAAAUCCGCAUUCGACUUGGUGACAACACACAAAUUGUUUAAAAAUUGUCGGAACUUUUUCAGUGAUAAGUAA